AUGGGAGCUGUGAGGAGAGAAGGGGCAGAGAUGCCAGGGUUUAUUGUAAAAGGCGGGAUGAUGGUGGACGGCGUUAUUGUUAUCAGAGUGCCCAUGAGAGAGAAAGAAGCAGAGGCCGAAGCCGAGAAAAAAAUAGCGGGGUCAGGGCCGGAGUGGGAAAAGAAGAGCACGAGAACAAGGAGUAGAGGUGAAAGAAGUAGGGAAAGGGAAAGAGUGGUGGAAUAUGAAUAUAUAACCCGGACCCCAUCACCGAAGCCGAAACCUGUUGUUAGGCAGAGGGAGAGUGAAAGAGUUUUUGAAUAUAUGGAUAGAAAUAGGCUUGAAGAUGAUAGGGCAAGAGGGAGAAGUAGAGAAAGAGAGAAGAGCACAGAAAGAGUCAUUUAUGUAAGGAGGAGGAGUCCUCGCCCAAAGUCUACAUCAGGCUCUAGAGAGAGGGAAAAAGGCAGAGGUAUAGAUAAAGACAAACAUAUAGAUAAAGCUGAAGGCACGGGAAGGACAGUAUAUUACGUUACUAGGCGCAAGCGAGAGAGUAGUGGAAGAGAAAGAGACUCUGGGAAAGAGAGAUGCAGAUUAGAUAGUGAUGAAGAGGAUGUGGAGAGGGAGUUAAGGAUUAGGAGGAGAUACAGUGUGAAUAGACUGGGUGUGGAACGAGGUGUUAGAUUUAGGGUUUGA